AUGGAGGGCACCAAGGAUACCAAGGAAGGCGUUGAGGUGAUGCACCAUGAAGAUAUUGCUGUAAACCUCCCCCAUGGCGAGGAUGAGAGGCCAUGGUACCAGCAGCCAGAGCUACGGAAAUUGUAUUUGCUCAUGCCAUUCCUUUUCCUCGGCUCCACAACGCUCGGCUACGAUGGAAGUCUUCUGAAUGGACUUCAGACGAUGCCUGCGUGGCAAUCUUUCUUCAAUCACCCGACUGGCUCUCAUCUUGGGCUCCUCGGUGCAUUUCCCGGGUUUGGCGGUUUCGCGGUGCUUCUGUUCACCCCAUACAUAGCCGACUACUGCGGUCGCCGUCUCGGAACAGGCAUCGGUUGCUGUCUGGUUAUCCUCGGUUCCGCAAUCCAGGCAUGUCCACAACCAAGCAACCCUGAUGCCAUGUUCCUUGCCGGUCGAUUCAUCAUGGGAAUGGGCAGCAAUAUCAGCAAUGCAACAUGUCCCCUUCUCAUCACGGAAGUUGCACAUCCAAGACAUCGUGGCAGAGUUACUACGAUCUACAACACUGUCUGGUAUGUGGGGGCCAUACUGGCUGCUUGGACGACGUUCGGCACACUCAAUCACGUUGUUGGGGACCUCUCGUGGCGCCUCCCUGUCGGCCUCCAGUGCGCUAUGCCUGGUAUCCAGCUCCUUGCCCUCUGGAUGCUGCCUGAAAGCCCUCGAUGGCUGAUUGCGAAGGGAAAAUAUGCAAACGCAAAGAAAAUCUUAACAAAGUAUCACGGAAAUGGGACCGAAACGGAUUUCGUCAACUGGGAGUUCAGUGAGAUCAGCCAGACAAUUGAGCUCGAGGAAUCUGUGGCGGCGAGCAGUGGCUGGUACGAACUUGUUCGGACCCCCGGAAACAGAAAGCGAUGCCUUCUGAUCAUCUUAACUGCCAUAUUUAGCCAGUGUUCUGGUAAUGGCCUGGUUUCGUACUAUUUGGCGUCAGUCUUGAACACGAUUGGCAUAACAAAUCCAUCGAACCAAGCAGCUAUCAACGGUGGUUUGACAAUCUGGUGCUGGCUCGUGUCCUUGGGCUGUGCAUUCCUUGUGGAUCGCGUCGGACGCCGUGUUCUCUUCCUCAUCGCUGGCGUGGGCAUGUUGAUCGCUUUCAGCAUUUGGACAGCUUGCAGUGCGGUGUAUGCAAAGACUGGAGACUCAGGCGCUGGUUCAGCUGUUCUUGCCAUGAUCUUUUUGUUCUAUGGUGCUGCCGGCUUUGCCUGGCCCGGAUUGACAGUAUCCUACACCGUCGAAAUCCUGCCUUUCAAGAUCCGUGCGAAGGGAUUGACCCUAUGCUUCGUCGGUACCAGUCUUGCCGGUAUCUUCAACCAAUAUGUCAAUCCCAUCGGACUGGAGGCAUUGGCCUGGAAGUUCUAUCUUGUCUAUAUUGUGGUCCUGGUCCUGGAGUGCUUGGCCAUCUAUUUCUUGUACGUGGAAACACGAGGCCCAACGCUUGAGGAAAUCGCUGUGCUAUUCGAUGGCCCCGACGCGAAUGUUGCCGGUACCACUGUGCCCAUGGAGCGGAAGCGAUCGAUUGAAGUUUCUGACGACAAGGCUUAA